ACAAAUCUAUGGUGUUUAAUUUCCAUGUAUCAAAUAUAAGAAUUGUAGAAGAAUAUGUCAAAAUGGUUCAAAUCUAAGAAAUUGGAGAAGCCAAUUUUAGUGUAUUUUGUUAAUUUAUCCCAUCAUCCAUUCAAAUACAAGCAAAACAUAAACUAACCAAACUUUAUUACAACUCUAAUUUCUCUUGAAAGAAUUAAUAAACUCCAAUUAUAUCCAACCUCCUUCCUAUAAUUACUCUUCUCCACCAAUUAACCCUUCUCUUUUCCAAUCUAAAAUAAAAAUUUACCUCCUAAAACAAACACCUUAGAAAAACACUAGGGUGAAAAAAUAAUACUAUCAUAAAUAUAAAGUAACAAAGUACCAAAAAUAAACGCCAUUUCUUACAAUGGCGGAGUUAUUAUCAUCAAAUAAUAUGAUGAAAAUAAACAAAUUUUCGGUUGUUUUGGUCACCAUCCUUCUCCCAUUGUUGGUAGUACAAUCAAAGAGGCCACCUUCUCUUACGAAGGACUACUACAAGAAAUCAUGUCCUCGUUUCGAUGACGUCUUAAACGGCAUUAUAACCACCAAACAGGCAGAGACACCCACAACAGCAGCUGCUGUGCUUCGAGUUUUCUUUCAUGAUUGCAUGGUGGAUGGAUGUGAUGGAUCGACCCUCGUGGCAUCGAACCAUCUCCAUGGCAAGGCAGAAAGAGAUGCUGACAUUAAUCUUUCUCUCCCAGGAGAUGCCUUUGAUCUCGUGACUCGGGCUAAGACAGCCCUUGAGUUGGAGUGCCCUGGCAUUGUUUCUUGUACGGACAUUUUGGCUACCUCUGCUAGGAACCUUAUUACGAUGACUGGUGGUCCUUUCUAUGAGGUUCCCCUUGGGCGUAAGGAUGGUCUAGUUUCCCAGGCCUCAAGAGUGCUUGGCAAUUUAGCCCUUCCAAACAUGACAAUGACUCAUAUCAUAGACAUGUUCAAGAUCAAGGGGUUCACAGUCCAAGAGAUGGUGGCUCUUGUAGGUGCUCACACAAUUGGGUUCUCUCACUGCAGCGAGUUCAGCAACCGUAUCUUCCACUACAGCAAAACCCAACCCGUAGACCCAAAGUUGAACCCUAAAUACGCUGAAGGUCUCAAGAAGUUAUGUGCCAACUACACCAAGGACCCAACCAUGGCGGCCUUCAACGACGUUAUGACCCCUGGAAAGUUUGACAACAUGUACUACAAGAAUCUCCAACAAGGCCUAGGCCUCCUCGCCUCAGAUCAAGCCAUGGCCGAGGACCCCCGGACCAAGCCCACAGUGGACCUCUAUGCUGCUAAUGAGACAGCCUUCUUUAAUGACUUUGCUAAGGCAAUGUUAAAGGUGAGUAUUUACAAGGUUAGAACUGACAAGGAUGGAGAGGUCAGGCACAGAUGUGAUUCCUUCAACAAAUAAAUCGAAACUUAACUAUGAGAUGAAAAGGAAUUCUAAUUAAGAGGAAAUGAGAAAGAAAGUCCUUUAUUUUCCUAGGAAUGACAUGAAUGUUGGACCUAAAAGAAAAGAUAAAAACACACAACCAAAAAUUUCAUGUAAUCAUAUUGUAGUGACAUCAAUUUGAUUUUAUUGUCAUUUUCCUUUUCUUUUUUAC